GUCCCUAAAGAAGCUAAUUUACCAAUAUUAAGUAAUACUUCAUAUAAAUUAAAAAAGGAUUUAAAUGAACUUGUAAAAAAUAAAUGCGGUAUUGUUAUAAGUGAUAAUAUAAAUAUUGAUUUAAAUGUACAAGAGGAAAAAAAUUUAACAAUUACUAUAGAAAAUGUAGGUAAUACUACUCAUGUAUUGCGUAAAGGUUGUUUCAUGAUAAAAAAAAGCCACUCUCAACUAAUAUUAAUUCAACCAAUUACUCCUAAUACAGUUUCAGUAUUAAAUCCUUCUGAUAAAUUAACUUAUAUAUUUAAAUGUACAGCAAAAUUUAUUGGUAUAAGCAAAGAAUUAUUUAUCUUUAAGUUCAAAGAUUUUGAAAUUGGACGAUUUUUUAACAUUACUGUUAAACCUAAAACUAUACAAAACAAGUCAAAUUCUAAAAGUAGUAGUUCUAAAACUAAUUAUGUACCAGACCAAGAUGAAUGGAAUGAAGCUACAUACAUUCCAGGUAUUCGUCCAUGUAAACCACCAUCAUUUAUUAAAGUGCGAAACGUGAUAUACAAAAUUCCUAAGCUUUAUUGGGAUGUAAUAUCAAAGUACAUAAAUGAAAGAAAAUCACAAACCGAGUGGAAAUAUGAUAUAGAAAAUGCUAUACCUUGUUUGUCAAAUAGACUUUCUUUUCAAUCAUAUAGAGAUCGAUUUCAUUCUUUAUUAUAUCUGGAAGAAAUUGCUCAAAUGAUAAAUAUGCAACAAUACAAUAUAAGUAGCACAGUAAUGAGACACUGUGGAGAAUAUUUGGUUAUGGAAGUGCCAGGGCUUGCAGAGAAACGUCCUUCUCUUCUUGUUGGUGAUAGGGCCAUAGUAUCUUUCAAGUGGGAUAGUUCUCAAGGAAAAUUAAAAUAUGAAGGAUUUAUUCACAAAGUUACAAACUUGGAAAUUUUUUUAAAAUUCAAUUGCCAAUUUCAUCAAAAAUAUAAUUAUGAAGAUUGUCAAGUAACAUUUAAAUGUUCACGAUCAGCCAUACAACGUUGUCAUAAUGCAAUUGAUAUGGCUAUAAGUCGUCUUGGUCAGAACUUUUUGUUUCCCACUCAUGUAAUUGAAAAAGAAUCUCAGUUAGAUAUUGAAGAACUCGAAGCAAAAGAUAAGUCAAUUUCUAAGUUACUAACUCGUCCACAGACUGAUUCUGUAUCAUCAGAAUCUUCUUCCACUAGUACUAUAUCUACACGUAAUAAAUCUAGUAAUAUGUCAAAAUCAUUUACAAAAAUGUCAGUUGUACAACGAUUAUUUAAUGUUGAACCUAUUGAACGAAAUAGAGAAAUUACAAUAGAACCUGAUGUAAAAAACAAACAAUGUAUUGAAACAAAGAGUGAAGUAAAUGUUACGAAAGAUUCAAUAAAUACAGCAAUACAAAAUUCAAAAGAGACAUCAAUUUCUUCCUAUAGUAGUGAAUUACAACCAGUUAUUUCACAAGUACGAAAACGAAAGUUGGUUUGGUUUAAUAAAAGUUUGAAUCAUUAUCAAAAAGAAGCUGUAAGAAACAUUUUAAAAGGAUAUGCACGACCAUUGCCUUAUGUAAUAUUUGGACCACCUGGUACAGGAAAAACCAUUACUCUUUGUGAAACAAUUCUGCAAAUCUUGUCAACUAUACCUGAAAGUCGAUUAUUAGUUGCAACACCAUCUAAUAGUUCAGCAACUCUUAUAGCAGAAAGACUUCUAGAUAGUGGUAUACUUAAACCUGGUGAUAUGGUACGACUCAUAGCUUAUCAUUGUUUGGGUAGUGAUUCUAUACCUAGUAAAUUAUUGCCAUAUUGUGCUACUGCAGAAUUAGCAGAUGAAACAACAAUUGAAACACCAAAGUAUAAUGGAGUAGGACUAAAAUUAAAUUGUACUAUGAGUAUACUUGGACGUCAUAGAAUUACUAUUGGUACUUGUACUGCACUAGGAAUAUUAAAUAACAUAGGUUUUUCUCAUGGACAUUUUUCACAUAUAUUAGUUGAUGAGGCUGGUCAAGCAACAGAACCAGAAAUUAUGAUUCCACUUAGUUUUAUUCAUUGUGACUAUGGGCAAGUAAUUCUCGCAGGCGAUCCACUACAACUUGGUCCAGUUGUACAAAGUGAAGUAGCGAAGAAUUUUGGUUUAAACGAAUCAUUUUUAUCACGAUUGCUACGUCAUUUUCCUUAUCAGAAAGAUCCUAAUGGCUUUAAAACAUGUUACGAUCCUCGACUUGUUACAAAGCUUGUUAUAAAUUAUAGAAGUUUACCAGAAAUACUAGAAUUAUCAAGUUCAUUAUUUUAUGAUUCUGAAUUAAAAGCACAGAUAUCCUCUAAAACAAGCAAAGAAGCCAGACUUUUACAAACAUUAGCUACUGAAUUGCCAAAGAGAAAGGAUACACCACCAGCUAUAAUUUUUCAUGGUGUGAAUGGCGAAAAUUGUAAAGAUGAUGACAAUCCAAGCUGGUAUAAUCCUGAAGAAGCAACUCAAGUAUAUCUUUAUCUACUAAAGUUAUAUAAAUGCGGUAUUACACCUGAUGAUAUUGGAAUUAUAACUCCUUAUCAAAAACAGGUUCUUCAAAUUCGUGAAUUACUCAUGGAAUUAGAUGUGGAAUUACCAAAAAUUAGUAGUGUUGAAGGAUUUCAGGGUCAAGAGCGUAAUGUUAUCAUCAUUUCAACUGUGCGCUCUUCAAUUAAUUUUAUAAAUGACGAUAUUAAACACUCUCUUGGAUUUGUUGCAUGUCCUCGAAGACUUAAUGUUGCAAUUACACGAGGUCGUGCUUUGGUUAUCAUUUUAGGAAAUCCUACACUUUUAGCCCAUGAUCCUUAUUGGAGGAGUGUUUUAAUAUAUUGCAUCAAACAUGAUUCUUACACUGGUUGUAGUUUCGGUUUUCCCGAAGAUAUAGAACAUUCUUAGAUAGAAACAAAUGAUUAGUUACUGAUGAAAUUAGCAACUUAUUAUUCAUGACAAUAUUCAUUAAUAUCGAGUCUUUUAAUUUACCGAAAUAUCUGUUAUUCAAUCAUAAAAUUAUAUUUUCUCUAACAUACAGUAUUUUAUGUCCAUACAUGUUUUUACAAAGAAAUAAAUGAUGCUGUUAAUAUUAUUAGAAUAUGUAUGUUGAAAACUAUAUUAUUUUCGUAUAAAUUAAUGGAAAUUUUUAAUGUAAAAUACCUAUCUCUAAUAUUAAAAUUGUUUAAAAUGAUAA